CAGUCUUUUUGGACUCAAUUUCCAUCGAUGACCAUUGGCCGCGGACUAGCAGACUUUCGUAUCAGAGAAGCUUCCUUCAAUCUUCGUCUCAAACUCGAGGUUUUCGGUUGAACAAUCCGAGUUUUCAGAGGUUAAAAUCCGGUAACGUACAUACAAAAUCUCCUCCUCAAUUUCUCUUCAACAAUGGCUUCCAUCUACUGCUGUACACAAUGCGGAGCUGAUCUGAAUCUGAGUUCCGGUCAUCUCUUCCCGCCGGAUUUCUACUUCGAGGCCGGAAACAAGGGCACUCUUUCCUUUUCGUCGAUCGACUCCACCAAGUUCAGGCUCGAGAAGGAGGACAAGCUCAGACCAUUCUUCGAGACCCUCAAUUACUGGGGAAUCCAGCGGAAGCGCACCAAGAUCAAGUGCAUUGCCUGCGGCCAUCUCGUAGGCUACGUUUACGACGACGGGCCUCCUCUUACCGACAGUCCAGGUCAGUUCCACUUCGGACCUAGCCAGGUUAUUCCCAGAGCUCCUAGGUACAGAUUCAAGAUCAAGGCUCUCCGGAUUGUCUCAGGGAGUUGAAAGAUUUUAUUAUCGCAAAAUUAGGGUUUGGAAGUUUUACGAAUUGGGUCUGUCAUAUGUGUUUAACUUCUAUGUAGAUGGCUGUUUUUGUCAUGGGGUUUGUGAAUAUUGUCUAGACCAUCUAUUCAUAUGUAUACACACGACUGAGUUUUGAUUUUCCUGUACAAAUAAAUUGAAUGCAAUAGAAUGUUUGUUUCC